AUGGCGAUCGGCCCAGAUACAUCAAGAAUAAUUCAGCACGCAGAAAUACUUUCCACCCACAAAUAUUUCCGUUUUAUAUAUUCCCUCUCUGCAGUCUUCGGAGUGUUCCCUUUCAUCCUGCAUAGAGGUCGUUACAGGAUAUCAUACUUCUUCAGUGUUCUCUCGGUAAUAAUCUGCAUCUUCGUCGGAUUCGUUGCGAUGGUUUUGAGUCAUCUCUUUCUUUUCGUGCUACCGAAGGGCAAAAACUUUGUUCUAAAAGCGGAACUAGUUUUACUUUUAUGCUUUACAGUUAGCUUGUCCACCAUGCACAUCAUAACAGCGAGCACCUCGAUCUGGAGAGUCCGGGCUGUUCGUCAGAUCAUCGGUAUCCUGGAAGAAGUAGACGCCAUUCUAAGCAUCCGUUUGAAGAUGGAUUUUGGUCUAUCGGAUCUCACGGCCAUUUCUUUAAACUUGUUACUCGAUUGUUGGCUAUUCUAUCAGACUCAAUCUAUUCACUAUAUAAUGUUUGGCUUAAUUCUUGUAACAAACAUUUGGUUGGUAAUAUCACAGUUUUCAGUCUUGGCCUCUCUCAUAAACAGCAGAUUAGAAGGAGCUUGCGAGUGCUUGAAUGAACUCAAGAUGAGACCCGAUUCGCCUUACAAAGAUCAGAAGGUCGCCAUACUCUCCGAUGUCCACAACAAGCUCUGCGACGCCGGCGAGAUCCUCCAUACUGCAUUCGCUUGGAUGCUGACUAUAAUGAUUGCUAUGUGCUUUGUAGGAAUCAUUGUACUUACUUUCAACAUUUAUGCUUCCUAUAGACGGGACAACAAUUUUGACAUUCGUCUUCUGCUAUUUCAAGAUGAUAAAUUAUUAUGGAUACUGUACUACUUCACCGUCACAUGGAAAAUAGCUUCCUCUUCAUCGCAACUUAACCAGAAGGUUACCAAAUUAUGUAAACUAGAUAUAAAAAUAAUAUAG